CAAAGGUAAGACCUAACAUUUGAAUUGCUAAUACUAGGUUGCACAAUUGCCCCAACCAUCGUUUGAUUUGCCGGAUCUGGCUGGCUACCACCAGAUCAAGCAGAUAAACACCGAGCUGGAGGGAGAACGAUAUAUUCAAUUGAACGUGCAAAGUACCCCUGAAUGGAUAAACUACGUUUGUGAACUUCUGAAAAAGAGCGAUGCACUAGGAAUUGUGGCCAUUCUAGAUUGUGCUUACCAGUUCGGGUCUGCUGAUAUAGUGAACUCUGGUCUUCAUCAGAUCAAAGAAAUGUUGCAAAAAGAUAAUUCAGGCACGGAACUAGGCGAGUUGCUAAGCCGAGUAGUUGUUUAUGAUGAUUUUGAGAACCUUGGUGACGUGAACAGGUUGCUGAGCAACAUCUUGGAUAUGAUACCGACACAGUUACAGGACCGACCUCUAAAUUGCAUACUCGUCUCCAAUACAUCGAUUUUCUAUUGGAAUCUCCGCGAUAAGGAGAACUUUGAUGAACUUGCCGAGCUCCAUCGCGUAUGCAGGCAAUUAUCCUCGAAACUCGGGUGCUACGUUCUGUCGAGCCGAAGUCUCUUCGAAUAAGACAUGCUUUAUACACCCAUACACCGCAAACUAUCUUGGAAUAAAAUUUUUUUAGAUCGACAUACGGAUCAAGAAAAUCAUUUGGACAGAAUGGCCACCGAAGACCUCAAACCCAAGAUUCUUUCGCAGGUCGAGUUCUACUUCUCGGACUCGAACCUUUUGAAUGACAAGUUUCUCUUCACCACUCAACAAGCCAACGACGGCUGGGUUCCAAUUAGCGUCAUUUCGCAAUUCGAGCGUAUGAAGAAGUACAGACCGAUCGAGACCAUUGUCGAGGCUCUGAGACAGUCUGAGAGCCUAUUGGAGGUCUCUGAGAAUGGUGAGAUGGUGAGAAGGAAAACUCCAUUGCCAGCAAACCAGAACGAGGUCCAGGUUGCAAUCAACAAGAGAAGCGUUUUUGUCGAGCAUUUGCCCGAGGAUGCCACUUUGGACGAACUCAUUGAGUUCUUUGGAAAGUUUGCCCCUGUGAACCAAGUCCGAAUGAAGAAAAGGGAUAAAAAGUUUGUUGGAUCUGUUUUUGUUGAGUUCAAGAAGGAAGAGGACGCAAAGAAAUUCGUGGCCGCCGAGGAGAAGCCAAAGUACAACGACAAGGAGCUCAAUGUGAUUAGCAAGGUCAGCUAUGACGAAUAUAAGGCUCAGAAGUUUGGUGAGAGAAGAGGCGGCCGUGGCAGAAAGGAAAAAUACAGAAAAGACGACCAGAAGGACCGUAAGAGGGAAGAGUCUCCAAAAAGAGAGGGAAGAAGCGAGAAGGAAGACAGAAAUGACACGAAGGAGGAAAAAGAGCCAGAGGACGACAAGAAGGAAGAGUAAUGUAUACUACGUAUCUAGAUUGAAUGUGCUUACAUAAUGCUAAACGGUGACAC